CGAUAUCCUACUGCUUCUACAAGAUACGAGCCGGUUUACAAUAGAGAGUCAGAGAUAAGUUAAGCUGUAAAGAAUGGACUUUGUAGAAAUUAAUAGUCUUCACGCGCGAACCGAAGUUGGUUUUAGCCCACACGAAAUUGGGAAACUCCAAGAACUCAUCAUUACCAUUCAACUACAGACUUCCAGGAAGGCUGGUAACACUGAUUGCGUUAAGGAUGUCAUCAAUUUAAAAACAGUGACUAAAGAAGUACUCUUCCACGUGGAAAAUAAGAAGUUGAAGAUAUUUUUGACCGACAUUGAACAACGGUUAGGAAGACUYCGCGAUGCGAGCAACAAAAACGCUCCCAGGACUAUAGACCUUGAUAUUUCCUUCUGGAAUGAUUCUCUACUUCAGUACAAGAUGCUGAGAGAUUCUAAGAUCCAAGCCUGGUCUAUCCCAGACCCUGAUACCUUGAAGCAUGCCCACGUGAUCAUACCACUUGCUGACGUC